UGUCUAUUAGAGCAGGGUGAAUGAGUGGAAGCCCCAAUAUAUUAUUAUCCUUUAUGAUAUUACCUUAUCCUUUGCUGUGUGUGUUAUUCUACUCUUACUUUAUUUCCACCCAGUCCAUAAAUUUGUCUAAAGCUCCCCAAUGACUCAGCACUAACAACCUGAUUACUGAGUCUAUGUCAUUCUAUCCUGUCUUUCUUAAAUCUAUCCUCAAGCUUGAAUCCAUUUUUACUUCUUGUCCUUCCCUGUUUACUGCUCAGAAUUUUGCAUAUAUCACCCUUGUUGCAUCCCAUAUCACUUGAAGAAAUGGAUUAGACCUACUCUUAAUCUAAUUCUGCCUUUAUCAAGCACAAACCCAUUAUUUAUAUCCCUACCUGGAGAAUUUUGCUUAUAUCAUUCUUAUUAUGUCCCCUAUACCACUAUAAGACCACUAUCAGACCCCUCUUAACCUCUCUACCUUUUAUUAAGUUUAAACCAAUGAUUUAUUUUCCUACCCUAAUUACUGACCCUGAAAAUUGUGUUUCCCUUUGUGUCAUUGCAUUAUCUUGCUCCAUUUCUUCUCCAGAGUGUGUAUGACAGCCUGUGUGGUGACAUGGUGGUAUCUGUGGCUGACUGUGGCAGGCAUGGAGGUCUGGGGAGGAGAGGAUGGGGAAAGAGGAAGAGAGGAGAGGUCCCUUCAGCAAAUCCCUUUAGGAACCUCAGGAUUUUCCUUAGCUGUGGAUAUUGACCCCAUUCCUUCAGGUCCCCACGUCACUAUGCCCCACAUCAGUUUCCGAGACAUGGGUAACCUAGUCCAACAAGCUGCUGUGGCUGUGAACGAGAGAUUUGAUACUAUUGAACCUGCCAUAUACCAGAGCGGGGCACGGCAGGUCCUCGGCACGCCUGCCUGGUUCAUGGCCGCAUCACACAAGACCAAGGUUGUAGCCAAGAACAUCUCCAGAAUUGCUCUCAUCUCAGAGGAGGCGACCAAAUACACCGCACAACAGUGAGACUUGACUCCUGGUGCCACCUUACCAUCUCACACCACACUCUGGGAAACUUGUGCAGGAGAUAGGAGGAAGGCACAGGAGGAGAUUACAAAGAGACAAGCUUGAGUUAGGCUUUAAAAGGGAGAUAGGGAUGAUCAGAGUGUCAUCAGAUCUCUCUACUACUACUACUACUACUACUACUACUACUACUACUACUACUACUACUACUACAACUACUACUACUACUAUUACUACUACUACUACUACAACUACUACUACUACUACUACUACUACUACUACUACUACUACUACUACUACUACUACUACUACAACAACAACAACAACAACAACAACAACAACAACAACAACAACAACAACAACAACAACAACAACAACAACAACAACAACAACAACAACAACAACAACAACAACAACAACAACAACAACAACAACAACAACAACUACUACUAC